AUGCUAUCAAGAAGAGUUCUCUCAAAAGAGGAAGAAUCAGAGUCGAUGGACGCCGAAGUCACAAAGGAAGACCAGGAAAAGAUCAACACCUUUUCGAGACUGCAUAAUCGGAGUAAGGCCCUGGAGGAGGAGUUGGGUUUGAAACAGAAAGACAAAGAAGACCUCGAAGAACUGUCCACCGAACUCGAACUCGCCGACGAGGACUCACUGAUCCCAUACAAGAUCGGCGACUCGUUCAUGCACGUCCCGCUGGCCGAGGCGCAGGAGCUGCUGGCGACCCAGACGACCGAGAUCGACAGCGAGGUGUCGACGCUCGAGGAGGAACUCGAAACCAUCAAGGACCAGAUCCGCGGGUUGAAGGCGCACCUCUACGCCCGGUUCGGCAAGGGCAUCAACCUCGAAGCCUAA